AUGGAGCACCUGUUUACUUUGUAUGACCCCUCGUUCCUGGCUCUCGUGUGGCCGAAGAUCACAAACGGCGUUCACCUUAGAGUUGGUCAUUUCUGCUGGGAAGACGUUUCGAUGCUGCUCAGAGAUUUGGCCGAUGGUAGAGCUUGGGCUUAUAAUGUGGUAGACGCGUCAGGGCGGUACCAGGCUGGUCUGUUCUCCGGCAACCGUUACUGGUUGGGAUCUAAACAACAGUGCCUCCAUCUGGACAACGAUUUCUUGACUCGUGAAACAAAUGGCAGCAUGAAUGAGUACUACGAGGGCGACUAUCUCAAGGAUGUGCUUCAGCAGGAAAAGUUUUACGGAACUCGCGGACAGGAGUGGCAACAGUUGGCCCAGCGGGAUGAGUUGAUCCAGCGCAUUGUGGCCGCGGACAACCGGCCGCCACACAGACUAGCAUACCUCGCCGCACGGCUCACGCUCAACUCUUACGAAAUAACUCUGGGCUUGUGUAUGCCUCGUUCGUGUACCAUCGAGGACGUAGAAUCCAUACUCAUAUUCUCUAUAAUGAUCAACGAUAACUUAAAGUCCAAUAAGACUAUCCCCAGAAUGACAAAGGUUAUUUCUAUGAGGAAAAUUGAAGGACAUUAUAACAUAGAAAGUGACAGCGGUGCUAUAAUACUCAUAUGCCUGACAAUAUUUCUACUUUUACUCUCGGUUACAGCCACAGUGGUUGAAUUGAACUUGAUCAAAUGUAAAUUGAAACAUCACUCGUCCAGAUCAGUUAGUUUCGAUUUACAGAAAUAUAACAAUACUACUAUACAGAAUCGUUAUUUUGAUAGCGCGCUAAGAAAACACAAAGCAGCACCCUGGAAUGGCCAAAAUUUCGGACAACUUACUGCUGUUACUAAAGUAGAAGAGACUAAUGAAAUGAGUAUGAUAAAGAAAGAUGAUGCUGGCGAUAUAAAUGAUCAUAAAAACGCGUAUUAUGCGUUAAUCACAGGAACUUUGGCUUUCGAUACACUGUUUUUUAUCAGGUUGGUGCCAUCGUACGCGUUCGCGGUGCUACUGUCUGGUGUGAUGGCUCGCGCGUCUCGUGACACCGCUGCAAUAUCCCUGCCUGACGGCGACAGUCACAACUGUGACCAAUACUGGUGGCGGAACCUUCUCUAUAUCGCCAACAUUUACCCGCCUGAUGAAAGGUGUAUGCAAAUAUCAUGGUACUUGUCAGUGGAAAGCCAGUUGCACGUGUUUGGUGCUCUUGCGUGCGUGCUGCGCGCUGGCGGCGCGCGCCUCCGCGUGCUGCUCGCGUUGGCGCUCACGGCGCUGCUGGCCGCCACCGCCGCCGAUCUCUACGCCGCAUAUCAUCACUACGGAUUAUACUUUUCCGGAGUUUACGAAGCGUAUUCUUUCUUCAUCGAAAGAACAUUCGCUAGAGUCGUGCCUUACUUCGUCGGAGUCUUAACGGGAUGGAUGAUACAUGAAUCGAAUGGAAGAAUUAAUAUUUCCAAGACUACAGCUUGGUGUCUAUGGUUGGCGUCGUUGGCGAUAUUUGUGACAUCAGUAUUAGUGGUAUGGCUGGCCAGUGACUGGCUGGCGGCGUGGGUGCACGUUAUUUGGCCAUUGGCGCUUCUUUGGCCAGCUUUGGUUUGUUCUACAAAUUGCGCUUGUACUGAAUUGAUUGUUUUAGCGACUACGCGUCGUGCAUUGGAGCGCGCGUGGGUGUCAGCGCUGAGCCGGCUGUGCUACGGCGCGCUGCUGCUGCACGCGCCCGUCGCCGCGCAUCUGCUGCUCACUGCCGACGCUGCUCUCUGCUCCAGCGCCGCCUGUCUCCGUCGUGACGUUGGCGGCGGCGCUGCUGCUGUCGCUGCUGGUGGAGAUGCCGUGCUGCAGUCUGCUGCGCCGCCUCUCCGACUGCGCCACGCUGUGACGUCACCAGCGCUCGGCACUGCGCUGCGCUUGCACAGCGUAGAGGUUCAAUUAAAUAAAACCUUGAAAAAAUAAUAAAGGUUAAAAGGCGCUGUGCUCGACGAUAUUUUUUUUAAAAGCAGCUUAGCUGUUCAAGUAUAA